AUGCGGAUUUGGAUAGUAUGGUUAUGUCUUCCGUGGAGUCGGUUGUUAGAGACUGACUUAGUCGGGAGCAUAGCCGACGUUGCAGAUAAUAAGUCCGUACUGCUUAUGAGAGUGUGGCGUAAGCAGGCGAGUCCAGAGCUCGUUCGCAGCAUCGAGCGCCUUAAGAUCCUCUUGGAUUUCCAAUUGGUCAAUAAGGCAUUUGCCACUAUCGUAGUUGAGGCAUUUGCCAGCCGAGAACAUACUGUUGACGAGUGCUGGGGUAAGAGAACGAGAGAAUCUUUCUUAACCCCUGUCUUUGACUAUAAUUUUGGUCCAUCCAUGUCCAGAAAACAGUACAUUAUCUCAGCUGUCAAUGACACCAAAUCCAAUUCUGCAGUGUUACUUCUCACCGGGAUACCUGGGUUGGAAGACGUCCAUCUCUGGAUCUCUAUGUCUUUCUGCUUAAUGUAUGUUGUUUCAAUAGUAGGAAAUUCAGUCAUUCUGUUCAUUAUAAAAACAGAUCCAAACCUCCAUGAGCCCAUGUACAUUUUUCUUUCUUUGUUGGCCAUGAGAGAUCUUGGCUUAUUGGUAAGCACCAUGCCAACGAUACUGGGCAUAUUCUUGUAUAAAUCUAAGGAGAUCAGCUUCAAUGCUUGUUUUGCUCAGCUGUUUUUCAUCCACUCGCUUUCAUGCAUUGAAUCAUCCAUGCUCUUGUUGAUGGCCUUUGACCGCUUUGUCGCAAUCUGCAAUCCUUUAAGAUAUGCGUCCAUCUUAACCCCCACCCCCAAAAUAGCCAAGAUGGGACUGGUGUGUAUGCUAAGGGCAGUGGCCCUAAUAUUCCCACUCCCCUCUCUCCUGAAACAGUUCCAAUACUGUCAAGCUAAUGUCCUCUCCCAUUCCUUCUGUGUGCACCAAGAGGUCAUGAAGUUAGCUUGUUCAGAUAUCACAGUCAACCGCAUCUAUGGCUUGUCUAUUGCACUCUUGACAGUGGGGUUAGACUCGCUGCUCAUCUGCCUCUCUUAUGUGAUGAUCCUCAGAACAGUGCUGAGCAUCACAUCUCACAUGGAGUCCCUCAGGGCCCUGAACACCUGUGUGGCCCACCUCUGUGCUGUCUUGCUUUUCCACACACCAAGGCUUGGCUUGCCUGUGAUACACAGAUUCGGGAAUAGCUCUUCUCGCUGGCUUCAGAUUUUCCUGGGAUAUGUAUACCUACUGGUCCCGCCUCUGAUGAAUCCAAUCGUGUACAGCGUGAAAAGCAAACACCUUCGUGUGAGGAUAAUCAGGGUGUUCUUCAAGUGA